AGUGACUGACGCACGUGCGAACCGCACGAAGGCCCCCACCAAGGCCCAAACAGAUAGAUAGGGUUCCUCCUCCCUUGCUCCGGGUGCCCUUUCACAACUGUUAUGUCCUAUCGGUAACUCCGUCUGUCGUUCGCAAGAGGCAAACGGCGGCCAAACUCACUGACCCAUCAUCAGACCUUUUUUUAUCCUUCGCGGUUGCCGGACUCUUGUGUUUUUAGACGUUAUAUUUAACGUGCAAUCUUUGUGAAAUUAUUCUCUCUAUUUUGCUCUAACAAAAGUACGUCUCGGUGUCUGAAUCGGGUCCUUGUGACGGUCCCUUUGAGCCCAGAGCUUUCUAGAGAGAGAGAGAAAUAGGGCUCGUUUUUCUUACUUUCUUUUGGGGAUUUCUUUCACUUUGAUAUCCUGUGAGGUAGAGUUUUUUUUUAGACGGUUUUGAUGGAGGAGACUUUGCUUGACGAUAUCAUACGUCGGCUGACGGGGGCGAAGGUUGGUCGGACGACGAAGCAGGUGCAGCUGACCGAGUCGGAAAUCCGGCAGCUCUGCCUUUCGUCUAAGGAGAUCUUUCUCAGCCAGCCUAAUCUUCUCGAGCUCGAAGCUCCAGUAAAGAUUUGCGGAGAUGUUCAUGGGCAGUUUUCAGAUCUUUUACGAUUGUUUGAGUAUGGUGGGUAUCCGCCUGAAGCCAAUUAUUUAUUCUUAGGUGACUAUGUUGAUCGGGGUAAGCAGAGCAUAGAGACAAUAUGCCUUCUCCUUGCAUACAAGGUCAAAUACAAAGAAAACUUCUUUCUUCUCAGGGGCAACCAUGAAUGUGCAUCCAUUAAUCGUAUAUAUGGGUUCUAUGAUGAGUGCAAGAGGAGGUUUAGUGUUCGUGUCUGGAAGAUAUUUACUGACUGUUUUAACUGUCUGCCGGUUGCCGCACUUAUAGAUGAGAAGAUCCUUUGUAUGCAUGGUGGAUUGUCUCCUGAUUUGAAAAAUUUGGAUCAGAUUAGGAAUAUUGCUCGCCCUGUUGAUGUGCCAGAACAGGGCCUUCUCUGUGAUCUAUUAUGGGCUGAUCCUGAUAAAGACGUGGAAGGCUGGGGAGAGAAUGAUCGGGGUGUGUCAUAUACAUUUGGGGCUGACAAGGUUGCUGAAUUCCUUCAAAAACAUGAUCUUGACCUCAUCUGCAGAGCUCACCAGGUUGUGGAAGAUGGAUAUGAAUUUUUUGCAAAGCGGCAGCUGGUAACCAUAUUUUCAGCACCAAACUACUGUGGCGAGUUUGACAAUGCUGGUGCAAUGAUGAGCGUGGAUGAUACAUUGACGUGUUCCUUCCAGAUUCUUAAAUCGUCUGAGAAGAAAGGAAAGGUUGGAUUUGGCAACAUGUUGAGACCUGGAACUCCACCUCAUAAGGGCGGGAAGGGUUAAUUGAUUUGCACGAGCUCCAGUCAGAAGGUCCAAAGCGCGAGAAGCGGGUUUGCUUGGUUCUAUAUCUCAAAACUGUUCUUUGCUGAAUCAUUUUAUACUUACUACCUGGCCUGUUUCAAUUCGGACUUCUUGGGCAGUUGAGGAGAAAUGUGAAAAACAUAAAUUACUCCAACACUGUCAAAAGGGCAGAGACACCCAUUGUGGGUGCAACUCAGGGAGUUUUAUUAUGUAAAAUAGGAAGUCUCACUUCGUUAUGUUGAAUUUUCCUGCACAA